GCGGCGGACGUCUGGGCCCCGCACGCUGUCGUGGCGUUGGCAGCGGGCGGCCCGGGAGCAGACGCGGUGGCGGCGGCGGUGGUCGCGGCGGCGCGCGCGGGCCGGCUCCACCAACGCGCCGCGGAUGCGCUCGCGUCACAUGAGGCGGCGGCGGCCGCUCUCGCAUUGCGGGGCGCCCUAGCGGCCGUCGUCGGCGCCGCCGCAGCCGAAGCGGCCGCGCGUGCGGCGCCGGCCGCGUCGCGUCAGAACGACGCAGCCGGGUUGGGCGCCUGCCUCGCGCGGGGCGGCGCGGCGGCUGUCGACGCGGCCAUCGUACCCGAGGCGGGGCCCUGCUUCGAGGCAUUCCUCCUCUUUGCGCCACGCGGCGACGCGGCGACGCGUGAGGUCCUGCGGCGGGCGCUCGCAGAAUCGCGCGUCGGCGACCAAAGCUGGUCGGCCUGCGCGCGCGCGGCCGUCGCGCGGCGCGACGCACCACCUGGCACGGCCGCCGUCGUCGCCAGUGUGGAAUCAACCAGUGCGUCGGGUGCACCCAAGAAUUCUUCACAAAGUCAUUCUACACAGGUCGUCGCAGAGGCCGUCGCCGCCGCGUUCGCCUCUGGUAAUGCCGACGCCGCUGCGGCGUGUGUCGCGCAAAUUACGGCGCCAGCGCCGCGUGGCGCGCUUCUGGCGCGCUUCUGGCGCCAGCGGUUCCGCGUGGCGCUCACGCCGAUCCUCUCCGCCGCGCCGCCCAGCGCCGCGCGCGACCGCGCUUUGGUCGCGCUGGCGCGCGGUGCGCCGCCCGCGGUCAUCGUCGAGGAGGCCACAACCCUGGGGGCGGCCGCGGCGCGCGCGCUCGGCGCCGGCAGAGAUGGAAACCAAGCCGCCGCGGCCGCCGUGUUGCUCACGCUCGCGCGCGGCGGCGCCUCUACGGAAGCCGCGGCCUCCGGCGCCGUAAAGGCGUGCGCGGCCGCCGCGUGCGACUCAAACGCGCCGCCCGCCGCCCGCGCCGAUGCCGUCCGCUGCCUCGGCGCGCUGGCUGCGGAAUUGCCACACGCGCGGUUCUACCCGCAUCGAAAGGCAGUCGGGGCAGCCCUCUCUAGCGUCCUGAGCGACGAACGCCGCUGCCUCCGCGCGCUCGCGGCGCGCUCCGGCGAUCGGGGUUUUACCCAGUACUAGGACUUAAGGGCCUGACGCCAAUUGGUUACACCAAAAAAACGCGGAGCAGC